AUGGCGUUGAUUGAGGCUUGGUUCAUGGACGAUUCUGACGAAGAUCAGAGGAUGCCGCAUAAACUAAACCCAAACGAACCUGUGUCUUUGGAGGAGUUAGAAAAGCUUGGCGUUUUCUACUGGAAGGUAGUUAGCGAGCAAGGAACAACUUGAUAACAACUUUAGCCGUUUGUUAGACAAGCUUCAGCUAUCAAGAAAAAUUAGUCAACGUUUAGCUAGCUAGCUACUUAGUUAUUCACUAUUGUUGGUGAACUAAAUUAUAUGGAGAGGGAGUACAAACCAACGACGCUAGACAGAGAGGAAUUUGCUUAAGCAAAAGGCAGUUUAUUAAACACAGAGAUAUCUUGUACUGUUAGUUAACAUGCAUGGAAUCCUGCUAAUUUAACAUGCAUGGACCUAAUCAUAUGGCACUCUAGGAGUCAGCUGAGAAGGAUGUUUAAACAGAGUUUACAGCAUUACUUUAUACAAUGUAACAUAAAGGGAGGGAUUCUUCUCCUAGUCCCUCUAUUGGUUCCAGAGGCGUAGGAGGCGGGUCUGCUCUGUCCAGAGUAGAAGCCCCAUUGGUGCACGGCAGAGUCCUCUGCCCUUGGCACCCGACCAGUAGACAGGGGAGUGGAGUUUGAGUGUGCGUGCACAGUGAAAUGUCUGUGUGUGUCAAGGGAACUCGUGGGGAGUUGAGAAUGAGUGUGCGUGCAAAUGAAAUGUUUGUGUGUCAAAGAACUCGUGGGGAGUUGAGAAUGAGUGUGCGUGCAAAUGAAAUGUCUGUGUGUGUCAAGGGAACUCGUGAGAAGGAACUGGUGGUUGUGGCCGGAGGUGGGGGUGUUGUCCUGUUAUCGCACUCCUGCAAGACUAGGCCAUCUGGUGACAAGAUAUGGUGUUCUCCUCUGUCCUUUGUUCUCUGACCUGGAACAGCAUUUAUUGAAAACAAGCUCCUAACACAAAUGGGUCUUGCACAACAUUUUAGUCAGACCAAUCUAUAACAUUUUAUAUUUACUACGACAAAUUAUAUUUACUACGACAAAUCCCCCUCUUCACGUCUCCCAGACGUGAUCCAUUAAUUAUGGUGGCAUGAAGCAUAGUUGAAUCAGUCUUAAAAGAAAAACAAUAAUGCAGAAAAGAAAACAACACAUGAUAACGCAUAAUGCAAUUUAAAAAAAUGUCAACCAUCCCCCUCUAGCAUACUAAUUAUAUGGCCAGUUAAUUAAACUAUGUUAGUCCCCCUCUAGUGCACGAUUAAAUACAUCAAAGCUGUUGUUCAAAUUCUAUUUCAUCUUCCCCUAAAAGGGGGUAGAUUUGAGCUUGUUCGUUUGGAGUGGGUGCGAUGGCAAAGAUUUCUCCUUCUACCUGGUCGAGGUUCUUUUUUCCAUAAGGGAAUAUACAUGUUUGGUAUCAAAUUGUGGUUUUGCUGCUCAAAUCAUCUCUGACUUCUGUCAGUGUUCUAGAAGGAGUGGGGGCUGGUGUGCAAUGUGUUAGAUGGUGCCAGGGUGCGCCUAAUUUACCUCUGACCUGGACUGAGUGUGAAGUAACCUCCUUCACUUCGUACGGUCCAGUCCACCUGGGUUCCAGCCACUUUCUCUUGUGGACUUUUACCCUCACCCAGUCUCCCACCUUUACCUUCAGUGGUAGCGUACUUCCCGUCAGCUCCCCCUCUUGGGCCUUCUGCACCUGAGAAGAGAGUGCUGCAGAAAAUUCCGUCAAUUUCUUCACAUAAUCAGUCAUUUCUAUCUGUUGUACAUCAAGGGCGGGCAUAUGACCUCCCUCCCUUGGCUAGGUUGGCGCGUUCCACGAGUCCCUGGGACUGUGGAUGUUACUGAACCGAAUCUGUGCAUGAUUCCGAAUCUUUCCUCCACCUCUCUCAGAUGUUUUGUUGCUAAAACGUGUGGUUGUCAGAUCUUAUCUGCCUUGGUAUACCAUAUCUGGGUAUUAACUUAGUUUGUAGCCACUUAAUGACUGACCUAGCAUCCUCUUAUUCUGUAGUUUCUGUAGGAAUUGCCUCUACCCAUUUUGAAAACCUGUCUACAUUUUCUUUCAUGUGAGGGUGCCACCAGAUGUGUGGGAACUUUUGGAGGGUCUUAAACUUUCCCUCGUGCGUGGGCCCGUGGGCCUCACUCAACAGUUCUGGGCAGAGUCUAGCUGGUUCAACUAGUCUUCCAUCAUGGCACCUCCAGAGUUCGUCCUGUCCUCUGCCGCCCCCUCCUGGGCCCAGACUGAGUGUUCAUAGGGUCCUGCUGAGCUCUGUAACUGUGCUAUAUCGCCUUGGUUGAGUUCAGUCUGUGAUGUCGGUGGUAGUAGUAUUGGAUGAGGAUCACGCCUUCGGGCACCUGGAGUUCAGACAGGUGGGUUUAUGGUUGUUGUGGGGGUCCUCCCCUUCCUCUACCUCUCCAUUGUGGUGUACCUCUGCCUCUUCCCCUCCCUGGGGGUUGAUGGUUAGAUUGCUGCAGAUCCCAACAAUCACGCUUGAAAUGUCCAGGUCUUCCACAAUGGUAGCACAGGUAGUUCCCUCCUCUUGGAGGACCUAAUGGGGUGCCCUGCUGAGGCCAUGGUUGUGGUUGUGGGCCAAAAGUCAUGGUGCCUUUUAGGCUGUAUAGUGAGGUGGGGCCAGGAGUGGUGCUGGUACUGGCCUCUGGGGAAGCUGCUUCAGUGGCCACACACAUCGUAUCUGAUUUCUUUGGUUGCACCCUCCUGCUCUCCAACGCCACUUUUUUAACUUUCCUAUACUGUACUUUUCCCCUUGCUCUGUCUGUCAUUCGUUGUUCUAGAUAUUCAUUAAAUUUGGGUUUAGUUAUGUUUGGCCCUGCCAUCUUGCUUUCUCUAUCGUUAUACACUUAUCCCGUCCCUGGUGUUUUAUUUUCCAAGGAUGUAUUAUCGGUAUCAAUACAGACUUAUCUCAUGUACGACACCCUCGUAUAUAAAGAGGCUGAUUUAUAUAAUUUGUAAUGCAAUUAUUAUCAUAAAAAUCAGAAUUCCAGUCACAUAUACCAAUGCAGUAAUUCCUCCACAGCACACAACACGCUUCAAUUGUCUCAGUUCUUGUUCAAGAAUAUGCACAGAUCCAAUAUCAGUCUCCCCAAUCCCUGGUUCCUGAAAGCCUAGGUCAAAUUCACUCAAUUCCACAGAUUGGUAUUCAGUUUCAUAAGUCUCACUAUAACUUCCCAUCAUCCAUUACACGUUAUAAUACAUAAAAACACACAACCAAAAGCCAAUUGGAAUUACAAUGCUUAAUAAAUUCCGGUUCUCAAAGCGUCCUAAAACAUAUUGUCAGUUCGACUGCCACCCUCCACACGUCCUUAUGUAAGGAUCAAUUUUACAUGUGAAGUCACAGAAGCAACUAAUGAAUUUAGAUUACCAGAGCGUCCUAAAACAUAGUCUCAGUUCGACUGCACCCUUCACACAACCUUAAAAGGCACCUUCAUUAUGUGAAGUCACAGAAGCAACUGGAUCCCUAUCAAAGGAUUUUUAGUUUAGACAACUCGAUCACUAGGAAGGACUUAGUCUCAGCUUAAUUGUACCUUUCACACAACCAUUUAUAUGGGAUCGUUUUAAGUGUGAAAUCACAGAGAUAACUGGCAUCCCCGGGAAUUUAGUACCUCUGGUCAAUUUCGGUGAUUCUCCCCCACCUAAUGUCUAGAACUCUGCCACAGUUUAACGUGAUCAACUCUCUCACAACCUAUAGGGUAGGACCUCCCCUAAUAGGAUUUAUGCAAAAGGUCUCAGUUCAAACUGGGUCCCUUUAGGAAUCUAGAUUAUGGGUCAAAUCUUAUCCACAUCAUGUGUUAAAUCGCAAUUUAACCCAUAGGAUACAAUCAUCAGUAUUCAGCCACUGGUAAGACUCUCAUAAUAUAGUCACAGUUCUCAGUGUUCACAGUACCAGAUAUCUCAUUUAUGCCUUAAUUCAUUUAGGAUGGAAAUUAUUUACCAAGUAUUCAUACUCACACUCAGUACUACUGAUCAAAAUUUGGUAUUGGUCUAUAAUACAAUAUGCAAGAUUUUGUUUUAACAGGCUCUGCUUACCUUUUUAGAAGAGCGCGCUCUGAUCAGGUUCCUGAGGCAAGACGAAUAGUUGAUGUCUCCUGGAUUUCAGGUCACUCUUCCGUCUGUUUUUAGAUCGAUGAUUUGCCUUUUCCUCUCUCACCAACUUUUUAGAUCGAAAUAGAAACCAUCCUCUGCUACCAUUUUGUUGGUGAACUAAAUUAUAUGGAGAGGGAGUACAAACCAACGACGCUAGACAGAGAGGAAUUUGCUUAAGCAAAAGGCAGUUUAUUAAACACAGAGAUAUCUUGUACUGUUAGUUAACAUGCAUGGAAUCCUGCUAAUUUAACAUGCAUGGACCUAAUCAUAUGGCACUCUAGGAGUCAGCUGAGAAGGAUGUUUAAACAGAGUUUACAGCAUUACUUUAUACAAUGUAACAUAAAGGGAGGGAUUCUUCUCCUAGUCCCUCUAUUGGUUCCAGAGGCGUAGGAGGCGGGUCUGCUCUGUCCAGAGUAGAAGCCCCAUUGGUGCACGGCAGAGUCCUCUGCCCUUGGCACCCGACCAGUAGACAGGGGAGUGGAGUUUGAGUGUGCGUGCACAGUGAAAUGUCUGUGUGUGUCAAGGGAACUCGUGGGGAGUUGAGAAUGAGUGUGCGUGCAAAUGAAAUGUUUGUGUGUCAAAGAACUCGUGGGGAGUUGAGAAUGAGUGUGCGUGCAAAUGAAAUGUCUGUGUGUGUCAAGGGAACUCGUGAGAAGGAACUGGUGGUUGUGGCCGGAGGUGGGGGUGUUGUCCUGUUAUCGCACUCCUGCAAGACUAGGCCAUCUGGUGACAAGAUAUGGUGUUCUCCUCUGUCCUUUGUUCUCUGACCUGGAACAGCAUUUAUUGAAAACAAGCUCCUAACACAAAUGGGUCUUGCACAACAUUUUAGUCAGACCAAUCUAUAACAUUUUAUAUUUACUACGACAAAUUAUAUUUACUACGACACUAUCAUAUACACAUAAAUGUGACUGUAGCUAGCUAAAUUGGAUUGCAUAAAACAGUAGUGUCCCGAGUCGCCCAGGCUUCGCUCACGUUUGGAAGGAUGAUCUGACCUCGCGAGACUGACUGGUUGUUUCUGUACUGUCCUUGUCUUAGAUGCUGAUAUUUAUGAGACAGACCAUGCGCUGAAAAAGAUCCGUAAAGACAUGGGGUACUCCUACUCCAACAUCAUCACUACCCACAAGGAUAAACUACCCAACUAUGAGGACAAGGUAUUGCAUAGAACGAAAAAAAAAACAUUUCAGUCUGCUCACAUUACAAUUAAUAUUUUGUUACGGACUGUACGUUAUUUAUAAUGAAGGAUACCUGGAGAAAAUCGGACCUCUGAAAUGAAAAGGGAUGGCCCUCCCUUCACAAAAAUAUAUUUUUACGUGACCCUCCCUGAAGCUUGAAAAAUAAAUAAAAAGGUGACCCUCCCCUAUAGCCAAAAUUAUUAUUAAAACAUAAAGUGGAUAGCAGAGAACAUGGCUACCAUUUCCCCUAAAACAUCAGGGCUUCAACAAGGGUUAUUCUGAGACCCUCAAAGUUCUUUGAAGAGCCUUAGGGUUCUUGGCACUGAAAGUUGCCCCCAAAAGGUUCUUCCGAGAACCCCAUAGGAGGUGGGGUUCAUUGAGGAACCUCAUUAGUUGGUAGGGGUUCUUGCAGGAACCUAACUGCCCAACUGAAACAUUUGGAUUUGAAUUUGAAAGGACAGCAGAUGCAGGCACUUAACUGAAAAAUGUAAAGAUCUCCUCAAUUUAAGGUAAGGUUUGUCCCUUGUAUGAUCUAAAUUGAUAUUGUUUUAUGAUGAUACCAUCUAUCUUUUCAUAUUUGUGCAAAUCUUUCUAAAACAGAAAAUGGACACAAUGCAAUGGAUAUCAAUCAACAAAGAGGUAAGAAUAUGUAUGCUAUAAGAAUAUGUUGAAGGCUAGCUGUAUUGCGUGCAGAUGACUGAACUGCUCACUUUUUGGUAUGUGUAUGAAAACCAUUAUCAAAACAGUUUUGUCAUUCACAUUUACCACAAAAACCAAGGUAUGAAUACUGUCGUGUGCAUGUUUUGUUAAUCAUCUGUAUAUUUACUAUUUUUUGGGAUUCACAGACUUCACCCUCCCUACACCUCUGAUGAAUAUAGCAGGAAACCUGUUCGAUCACCAUGCACUGCAAAAUCAUUCAUAAUACGAACACCAAUAAGAACAAUAACACGAUAUUAGUGUUUAUUAUGAUUGUAGUGGCAAAACAGAACAAAACAGCAGAGCCCCGUCCAAAGAUUUGCACAAAUAUGAAAAGAUAGAUGGUAUCAUCAUAAAACAAUAUCAAUUUAGAUCAUACAAGGGACAAACCUUACCUUAAAUUGAGGAGAUCUUAAAAAUUUUCAGUUAAGUGCCUGCAUUCGCUGUCCUUUCAAAUUCAAAUCCAAAUGUUUCAGUUGGGCAGUUAGGUUCCUGCAAGAACCACCACCAACUAAUGGGGUUCCUCGAUGAACCCCAUCUCCUAUGGGGUUCUUGGAAGAACCAUUUGGGGGCAAUUUUCAGUGCCAAGAACCCUAAGGUUCUUCGAAGAACGUUGAGGGUCUUAGAAGAACCCUUGUUGAAGCCCUACUUUUUAGAGUGUAGUGACAGAAUCACACAUUACUUCCCAAGCAAAGUCAAUUUUAUGUCUCCUCGGCACGUCCGCUGAAUGUCAUAGAGACAAACCAAAGAUAUCCCAUGUGUAUCAGAGUCACGUCUUUCCCCGGCAUUUUACAGCUUGUUUCUAGCAUAAAGCAUUGCGGACUAAAGCGUCAUUAUAGAUGGCUUUACAGUGAGGGAAAAAAGUAUUUGAUCCCCUGCUGAUUUUGUACGUUUGCCCACUGACAAAGAAAUGAUCAGUCUAUAAUUUUAAUGGUAGGUUUAUUUGAACAGUGAGAGACAGAAUAACAACAAAAAAAUCCAGAAAAACGCAUGUCAAAAAUGUUAUAAAUUGAUUUGCAUUUUAAUGAGGGAAAUAAGUAGCACCAGGGAGCCAUAAGUAGCACCUAAGUAGCACCUGGGAGCCAGAAAGAUUUCUGGCUCCCAGGUGUCUUUUAUUCAGGUAACGAGCUGAGAUUAGGAGCACACUCUUAAAAGGAGUGCUCCUAAUCUCAGUUUGUUACCUGUAUAAAAGACACCUGUCCACAGAAGCAAUCAAUCAAUCAGAUUCCAAACUCUCCACCAUGGCCAAGACCAAAGAGCUCUCCAGGGACACGAUUGUAGACCUACACAAGGCUGGAAUGGGCUACAAGACCAUCGCCAAGCAGCUUGGUGAGAAGGUGACAACAGUUGGUGCGAUUAUUCGCAAAUGGAAGAAACACAAAAUAACUGUCAAUCUCCCUCGGCCUGGGGCUCCAUGCAAGAUCUCACCUCGUGGAGUUGCAAUGAUCAUGAGAACGGUGAGGAAUCUGCCCAGAACUACAUGGGAGGAUCUUGUCAAUGAUCUCAAGGCAGCUGGGAUCAUAGUCACCAAAAAAACAAUUGGUAACACACUACGCCGUGAAGGACUGAAAUCCUGCAGCGCCCGCAAGGUCCCCCUGCUCAAGAAAGCACAUAUAAAGGGCCGUCUGAAGUUUGCCAAUGAACAUCUGAAUGAUUCAGAGGAGAACUGGGUGAAAGUGUUGUGGUCAGAUGAGACCAAAAUCGAGCUCUUUGGCAUCAACUCAACUCGCCGUGUUUGGAGGAGGAGGAAUGCUGCCUAUGACCCCAAGAACAUCAUCCCCACUGUCAAACAUGGAGGUGGAAACAUUAUGCUUUGGGGGUGUUUUUCUGCUAAGGGGACAGGACAACUUCACCGUAUCAACGGGACAAUGGACGGGGCCAUGUACCGUCAAAUCUUGGGUGAGAACCUCCUUCCCUCAGCCAGGGCAUUGAAAAUGGGUCGUGGAAGUAAUUCCAGCAUGACAAUGACCCAAAACACACGGCCAUGGCAACAAAGGAGUGGCUCAAGAAGAGCACAUUAAGGUCCUGGAGUGGCCUAGCCAGUCUCCAGACCUUAAUCCCAUAGAAAAUCUGUUGAGGGAGCUGAAGGUUUGAGUUGCCAAACGUCAGCCUCGAAACCUUAAUGACUUGGAGAAGAUCUGCAAAGAGGAGUGGAACAAAAUCCCUCCUGAGAUGUGUGCAAACCUGGUGGCCAACUACAAUAAAUGUCUGACCUCUGUGAUUGCCAACAAGGGUUUUGCCACCAAGUACUAAGUAAUGUUUUGCAGAGGGGUCAAAUACUUAUUUCCCUCAUUAAAAUGCAAAUCAAUUUAUAACAUUUUUGACAUGCGUUUUUCUGGAUUUUGUUGUUGUUAUUCUGUCUCUCACUGUUCAAAUAAACCUACCAUUAAAAUUAUAGACUGAUCAUGUCUUUGUCAGUGGGCAAACAUACAAAAUCAGCAGGGGAUCAAAUACUUUUUUCCCUCACUGUAUAUAAUCAGGUCCGUUCCAUUGUUUUCUACAAGGGGUAGUCCUAUGCUUUUAGCCAUUGUCUUUAACAGAAACCGCAGUACUCUCACAUACUCUCACACACUCCCUCAGUUCGAGCCCUGGUUUUAACUUAACACACCAAGCCCUUCACUGACACAGAUAUUUAAGGAGUGCAUGGUGACUAAAGGAAUUGGCUGACAAAAUCUACAGAUAGUACACUAUAAUUAUGUCUGUUAAACAGGUAGGCCUACCUCUUAUUUCUUGAAAAGGAAGAAAUAGGCUCCAACACAAAGCCCUCUUGUUGUUAGUAGCCUAAAGUCAAAUUAAAAUGAAGACUGUUUAAAUGAAUAAGGCCUUCUCAAAUUAGCCUACUUUCAGCACUCAUGCACUGUCCAUCUCAACGCCUGCUGCUUCAUAGUAAUGCAAAUUUUGUAAAUUACUCGAAUAUGGCUUAUUGUGAGGGCAACGAAACAUCGUUUUUAGUAAAAUCAAUUAUAGCAGUUGCAAGCUUACCUCCGGUCCUCCUUCUCAUCUUCACGCUCUCCCAAACUGAACAGGACAUCAGUAGGCCUAGUCCGAGCACACAGAUAUUGCAUUUUUUGGCCAGGGCUCAUGAUUGGGAUAGCCUAUCCAUUGCAGUGUGUACUGCAGUGUAGUCUAGGUUUAUAUACACCAUCGCAGCAGUGCAAAAACUUGCAAAAAUAUAACUUUGCCCUGUGUUUCUCUGAGCAUGCUCUUCGUAUAGCCUAGGUCUAUAGCCUAUAGUAUAGGCUAUGGAUAAUUUGAUUGAGACCACACUAGGCGCACUUGCAGAGAAUCAGGGAUGAGGGGCAGCAUCGGCCACACAGAGAUAUCAUAAGCAACUAAUUCUCAAACACUGAGCAAUAUGACAUUCAGGGCUCUAUUUUCGUCUGGCGUUAAGGCGGCACUAGUGUCAAACGGCCAUUCGUUUAAAAUAUAUGUAUAUAUAAAUAUAUUUACAAAAAAAUAUUUUGGGGAUUGGAAAUUAUGCAGACAAUUACAUUGAUGGAUCUGCACUAUUAAAGCUGAACUACCCCCUAAACAAACCCCCCCCCCAAAAAAAAAACAUGUUAAAGCCAGCGCUCUGCUAUUUUCAAAGUGUUGCGCAAGGAUGGGUCAUUUACCCAUCUUAAAUCAGCUCGCUUGCGCUCAGUUGGGAGGGGUGGAAAUAUUUGGUGUCCUUAAAAACAUGAUUCAAAGUGCUAAUUUGGGAGCAAUUAUGGUGCCUGUAAGUGUAUUUAGACAUGGCCUAUUAAUUUGAUUAGAAUGAUUCACUCUCUUAUAUAAAAUACCCAAAUACACAACUUGAAGCAACCACAUAUUUAGCCAUGGAGCACGUUCUGAUUGGCCAGUGAAGGGCCAACAAGCCUCAACACACCCACACCUGGUUUAUUCAUCAAAACCCAGCCCUUUCUUGCCUAUGCCAGCACUGUGCCGAUAAUUUUUGGUUGUGAAAAUAGCAAAGAUAUUUCUGACACACCCCCAAACCUAUAGUGCUACCGCCAGCGCUUAGAUUUACCAUAGCAUUAGGUUUGUUAAAAUAGAGCCCUGAAUCAAUUACAAAUUACAUGACCAUCCCCUGGACUGAAUCAGAAAACACUAAACCCUCCCCGACUGAAAUUGAAAAAUAAUUACCCUCCCCCAUUUUCCUCCAGGGAACAAUUCAGUACAUUUCUACCGAUCCCUUAUUCACUGUGCCAGAUUAGAUUUAUGAUACAUUGGAUAAAAGCACAUGCUUAAAAAGUGUCCUGCCAUAUGUGCCCUCCUGUCCCCAGCUGGAUGAUGAGAUCCGCUACAUCCUGGACGGCAGGUCCUACUUUGACGUGAGGAACAGGGAUGACCGCUGGAUCCGCAUAGCCAUGACCAAGGGAGACCUGAUCACUCUGCCUGCAGGCAUCUACCACAGAUUCACUAUGACUGAGACCAUACGGCUCCAU